AUGCCUGAUGCGGAUGGCGUCCUCGAAACGGCUUUUCUCAUCGAGCUGGCCCGGUGCAAAGACGGCCAUUGUAUGACGAAACAAGCCUCGCAAAUGACGGUCCAGGGCACCGUCACGAUACUGAAGGGCAUUGGCUAUAGUGAGUCACCGGAGUUGUUAUUCGUCUUUGAAGAUGGCGAUGACACAAAGAUUCCCAACGGUCUUGUGUUGCGUUCGGCACUCGAGACUUGGAGAUCGGAAGAAACCACUCGAUUCUUCUCCCUGUACAUUGACAACCGUCCUGGAGAGAGUUGGAGUCGACCUCCUCUGCCUCAUCCUGACCAACGGACCGGCAUGCGUGCGCAAGGGGUGGAACAAGAGAUGUGA